AUGGAUACUUUUGACAAUUUCCAGUACGACAAUGGCUCGUCGUACGGCGGCAUGAGCGUCGUCGAUGACACGUCGUCUGUAUACACCGCCAACACUCAAGAUAAUGUCUCGGUCGACUUAUCCAAUCUCUCCCUAUCCGAAUACAACCCAAGCUCGUCAGGAAACGGACACGCGGGUCAUAGCCAUGUUUCCCCCAAGAACCAACAGGGAACCGGCCUAGAUGAAGAUUUUGACGCAGUAUUAGAUGAUCUCAAAGACGAGGCUGAGGUUGAUCUCCCUCCUCAUGCUUGCAGCUAUUGCGGCAUUCACUCGCCUGCAUCGGUCGUCAAAUGCCUGAUUUGCUCCAAGUGGUUCUGCAACUCACGUGGAAACACAUCUGCCUCCCACAUCGUCAACCAUCUUGUUCGCGCGAAGCACAAGGAGGUCAUUUUGCACGCUGAAAGUCCACUUGGCGAAACUACGCCCGAGUGCUACAACUGUGGAAGCAAGAAUGUCUUCAUGUUGGGUUUCAUCCCCGCUAAAAGCGACACCGUCGUUGUACUUUUGUGCAGACAACCCUGUGCCGCCAUUUCCAAAGAUAUUUCGUGGAAUGCAUCGCUUUGGGCGCCUUUGAUUGACGAUAGAUCAUUCCUCUCUUGGCUCGUUAAGCCGCCCAGUGAACAAGAGCAGCUCCGUUCUCGCCAAAUUUCGUUCAAUCAGAUCAACCGCCUCGAGGAUCUCUGGAGGGAGAACGCAAACGCUACCCUUGAAGAUCUCGAAAAGCCUGGCGUGGACGAUGAACCCCAGCCCAUCUUGUUGCGCUACGAGGAUGCGUACCAGUACCAAAACAUCUUUGGCCCCCUCGUCAAAAUCGAAGCUGACUAUGACAAGAAAUUGAAGGAGAGCCAGACGCAGACGGAUAUCACGGUUAGAUGGGAUUUGGGUUUGAACCAGAAGCGUGUCGCUUGGUUCUGUUUGCCCAAGCUGGAGAGUGGAGAGGUUAGGUUGGCUGUUGGGGAUGAAUUGAGACUGAGGUAUCAAGGCGAGCUUCACAAGGCUUGGGAAGGUGUCGGCCACGUCAUUAAGAUCCCUAACAACGUUUCUGACGAAAUCGGUCUCGAAUUGAGAAGAUCCGAUGGCGUGCCUUCCGAGUGCACCCACAACUUUGCAGCCGACUUUGUUUGGAAGUCGACCAGUUUCGACAGGAUGCAGUUGGCAAUGAAAACCUUUGCUGUUGACGAAAAGAGUGUCAGCGGUUAUAUCUACCACAAGCUCCUCGGUCAUGAAGUCGAAGCCCAGUCUCUUCGUACCCAGAUGCCCAAGCGGUUCUCGGCGCCUGGGCUUCCCGAGCUCAACCAUUCGCAAAUGUAUGCGGUCAAGAGCGUCUUGCAGAAACCUCUCAGCCUUAUCCAAGGACCCCCUGGCACGGGUAAAACUGUGACCUCCGCCUCGAUUGUCUAUCAUCUCGCCAAAAUGAACCCGGGUCAGGUCCUCGUUUGCGCCCCCUCCAACGUUGCUGUCGACCAGCUUACCGAGAAGAUCCACGCUACUGGUCUCAAAGUUGUCCGUCUGACCGCCAAAUCUCGUGAAGCUCUCGACUCGAGUGUCAACUUCCUGACUCUCCACCAACAAGUCGCCAACAGCACCACCCACAUCGAGUUGCAAAAGUUGAUUCAGUUGAAGAACGAACAGGGAGAAUUGAGCAGCAAUGAUGAGAGGAAGUAUAAGACGUUGAUCCGCCAGUGCGAGAAGGAGAUUCUGGGAGCUGCUGAUGUUAUUUGCUGCACUUGUGUUGGAGCCGGUGACCCGAGGUUGAGCAAAUUGAGGUUCAGGACCGUGCUUAUUGACGAGGCUACUCAGGCUGCCGAACCUGAAUGUAUGAUCCCGCUCGUCCUUGGGUGCAAGCAAGUCGUUAUGGUCGGUGACCACCAGCAGCUCGGACCUGUCAUCAUGAACAAGAAAGCUGCCCGUGCUGGCCUUACCCAAUCUCUCUUCGAGCGACUUGUUUUGCUUGGCAACCGACCCAUUCGUUUGCAGGUCCAGUAUCGCAUGCAUCCCUGCUUGUCCGAGUUCCCCUCCAACAUGUUCUACGAGGGCUCGCUCCAGAACGGCGUCACUGCUCCUGAACGAUUGAGGAAGAAUGUGGAUUUCCCUUGGCCCGUUCCCGAUACUCCCAUGUUCUUCUACCAAAACCUUGGUCAGGAAGAGAUUUCGAGCAGUGGAACUUCGUUCUUGAAUCGAACUGAAGCCUCCAACGUCGAGAAGAUCGUCACCAAAUUCUUCAAGAGUGGCGUUGUCCCCAAUCAAAUUGGUGUCGUCACUCCCUACGAAGGCCAACGCUCCUACAUCGUCAACUACAUGCAGUUCAAUGGCUCACUCAAGAAAGACCUGUACAAGGAGAUUGAAGUCGCUAGUGUUGACGCGUUCCAGGGCCGAGAGAAGGACUAUAUUAUUCUGAGCUGUGUGAGGAGUAACGAGCAUCAGGGUAUCGGGUUCUUGAACGACCCGAGACGUUUGAAUGUCGCUCUCACCCGAGCCAAGUAUGGUGUGGUUAUUUUGGGCAACCCCAAGGUUUUGAGCAAGCAUCCCUUGUGGCAUUACCUUCUCACCCACUAUAAGGAAUCGAAUGUCCUUGUCGAAGGCCCGUUGAAUAACCUGCAGCCCAGCAUGAUUCAGUUUAGCAAGCCCCGCCGUUCGCUGGUCAAGUCGAUGGAACAGUUCCGCCGCCACGAGACCGUUGCCAGGGACUACUUGCCUUCCAACUCUGGCAUGCCUGUCGAUCCCAUGAGCCGUCGCUCUGGUACCCCUUCCCGCUUCGAUGCCAGCUUCUACCGCACUCACGAUGCCAUGGGAUACAUUCCAUCCGACGUCCAAUCGCUUCGUUCCCAAGCCACCUACUCCUCGGGUCUCCCCAUGUUCGGCGCUCCUGGACCAUUCAGCGCUGGCAUUCCCCGCGGUGUCAACGGCGGUAAACGAAGCACUUACAGCUACGCCUCUUCCAUCGUCUCUCAAGACGCCGGACCCAGCGUUACGGAUAACAGCAGUGUUGUUGGUGGCGGAAGUGUCCACAGCAGCAACCUUGCCUAUUCUCAAAGCGAUAGGUUGAGGAGGAGAGGAUCGUUUGGCAGCUCGAGCGUCACUGGCCAGAGCGAUUUGGGAAGCAUGAUCGGAUACGACUACAAGAGUCAGGAUGAUGGAGGGGACAUGGAUGAUAUGAAGAGCCAGUACACAGGUACACAAAGCGGAGUUACAGUCUUCUAG